AUGUUUUUUAACAGAUGUUGUUGGGUUCAGUUGUACUUAAUAGUUUGUUUCAAGGCCAACAUACUGCAUGUAUACCUCAGUUGUUAUUGUGACGCCGCCAUUAUUGAAGCGUAG